GAGGUGUGUCUUUCAAAAAAGUUCUCCCCAACCCCUCCCAUUGCUCCCUUUCUAACCUUAAUCUCAAUCAUUUUCGAGGGGUUCUAGAACUCAGUUAGUCUUCUGGAGAUUUUCCCACACAUACACAGAUACCAACCUCAGGCUGAUCUCUUAAUCUCUCACCUAGUUGGGUAUCCUUCUACUGCGGCCGUACUUUACUCACCUUUGACAUCCCCUCCUCACAGGGACCUCAGAGUCAGUGGUUAUCUCUGUAAACAUGGAGGAUUCCACUGAACAGUCUCACUGGGUGUCUCCGGCUCUGCUCAGCUCUGAUCCCCUGGCCAGCUUCUCCUCAGAGCCUGGCUUACUACCUCCAGGAGAGGAGGGAGAGCCCUUCUUCUCCAACCAUGAGACUGAUUUCACCAGCCUGCCCUCCUACUUCUCCAACCCCAGCCAUAGCAGGGCUCCAUCAGCCUACAGACACAGCUCAGUUCGCCAAGUGUACUCCUCGCCCUCUCUCCCAAGCAAUCUCCAAUGGCUGGAAGGGCCUGGAAGCCACUCUCUGAGCUCUCCUUACAACCCAUCAACCUCUACUUGGACCAGUAACCCUUUCACCAAGACUCCACUGCACCCACACACCCCAACCUCCCUUUAUGCCUCCAGUGCCACAUCCUCGUUUUCCUGCAGAAAUGGGUACUCCUCUCCAGGCAGGGAUGGCAAGGAAAGUCCCAGGCUUCAGGAGGCCUUGAAGGCAGAGCGCUUGAGUCCUUUAGGGGGAGGUGGUGGAAGCAGUUUUCUGAAUCUGACUUCAGCUGCUGGGGGUGUUUACACACCAUCUCCCCACUCCCACUCGCAGAUGCUGGGCCCCUACAGCUCGUACAUAACCUCUCCACAGGACUACAGCACAGCAGGCCUCUACUCUCCAGGGGCAUGGAUUAACCCCUCCUCCUACUCCCCCAAACUACGUAAUAAGAUGAGGCUGUCCCCACCAGACGCCAGGGAGUGCGUCAACUGUGGAGCCACUAACACCCCUCUAUGGCGUCGAGAUGGGACAGGACACUACCUGUGUAACGCCUGUGGGCUUUAUCACAAGAUGAAUGGCCAAAACCGUCCCCUGAUCCGGCCAAAGAAAAGACUGAUUGUCAGUAAGCGGGCUGGGACACAAUGUGCCAACUGUAACACCAGCACCACCACAUUGUGGAGACGGAACGCCAGCGGUGAGCCUGUGUGCAACGCCUGUGGACUCUACUUCAAGCUGCACAACGUCAACAGACCCCUUACUAUGAAGAAAGACGGUAUCCAAACACGAAACCGUAAAGUGUCCAACAAGAACAAGAAGGGCAAGAUGAGUGCCAUGUUGGAGCAAUACCCUGACCUAUCACAGGGUCCUACCCUCGAUUACCACGGGGGCCCUUACUCCCUGGGCCCAGGGUCACUGCUCUCCUACAGCCACACCCCUCACUUCCUCCCCCCCCCUUCCGGUCUGCACCCAUCUGCCAACCUGUCCUACACCCAACACCCAAACACUGCCAUGGUGCCCACUCUGGUGUGAAACAGUCCUAGGCAUAUGCAGACCCAUAAAGGCAGCACCAUACAGAGCAUACAGACACAAAGUAGCCUACUGAGGAAAAGCUUCUUUGUAGCAAUGGAUGCCCUGUACAUAAAUGCAUUUAUACUUGCUUACCAAUUUUGUGUGUGAAGUUGAUCUUGUCUAAACACUGGACAUAAUAUGGUGGCAAAUUUUUUCAAGAUCAAAAAAUGUAAACUUUUACAGAAUAAUUUGACUGUAUUUUGUUAAAAGGCAUAUUCUAUGUUUAUGAAAAGUAAAACAAUAAAAGUAAAGUUUAUACAUCCCACUGUGAUCAUUGAUACGGCUAACACUGGUAUGAGCUUGUAGCUGUAUUUUGUAAAUAUGCACCGAAUACAGUUGCCAUAUCCCUUUCAAAUGUUUAUGAUUUUAGUAGACCAAUGUGAAAGGGCAUUCAAAUGUGAAAUUGUUUUGCAUUUGCUACAUUUCUAUAUUUGUCAUUUCUUACAAGCUCCACAUAAACAAUAAAACAUGAAUGGUAAUAUUAAGAAAACUUCUAUACUACUUCUGGUUAAUUACUAAACAAAUACCUGGGUUUUAGGCACAAGUUGGUCGUUUUCAAUGUGUAAAUGGUAUUUAAAUUAUCAGCACUGUUUCAGGUGCUGCAGUGAGUAUCACUAUAGUGGCAUUGUACUCUCACUUGCUGAGGUAUAAUGGUGUCUUUGUCCAGGUUCUGUUGGGGGAAGGCUCUGACAGCGGAAUUGUAUUGGAAGCACCAGACAUGCAAAUCCUCGGUUUUCCAUUAAGCUGCGGGAAAGUGACAAAACAUUUAACUCAAGUGAGGAACUUGUGCCAGGUUCUAAAUGUAGAUUGAUGUGGCAUUACUUACCGUUAGGUGAACAAAAAAUGACACGCGCACAAACACACACACCAUGGGCACACACAGCGUUCCACAAACACCUGUAUGCUCAUGGUGUUUCAUGCAUUACACAAUUUCCCUGCUGUUUGCUAUGGUGCGUGAACACAAAGGUCAUGUAUUAACAACAAACAACAUUUGCUUUGUAAUAACUCAGAAACAAAUAUUUGUAAGUCGCUCUGGAUAAGAGCGUCUGCUAAAUAACUUAAAUGUAAUGUAAAUGUAAUGAUAUGAGAGUUUGAUAUUCUGAUUAAAAUCAGCUUACAAGCAGAAUAAAUAUGUUAAAAUCAAUAUCAUGUGAUAAUAUC